GCGCCGAGCCCUCCCGCUCUCCAGGGGGCGCUGUCGCCGCCGGAAGCGAGCGGAAGUGACGUGCCGGGCGCCAUAGCAACGGCGGGCCGAGCGGCGGCGGGAUGAACGCGCCUCCGGCCUUCGAGUCGUUCCUGCUCUUCGAGGGCGAGAAGAAGAUCACUAUCAACAAGGACACGAAGGUGCCCAACGCCUGCCUGUUCACUAUCAACAAGGAGGACCACACGCUGGGGAACAUCAUCAAGUCGCAGUUACUGAAAGACCCCCAGGUGUUAUUUGCAGGGUACAAGGUCCCGCACCCGCUGGAACACAAAAUCAUCAUCCGUGUCCAGACCACCCCGGAUUACAGCCCCCAGGAAGCUUUCACCAACGCCAUCACCGACCUCAUCAGCGAGCUCUCCCUCCUCGAGGAGAGGUUCAGGGUUGCCAUCAAAGACAAGCAAGAAGGAAUUGAGUAAAAUCACCCCCUUUGGAGCAGACUGUACUUCUGAUGCAGAAUGAUGUGUCUGUUAGUUAAAUGCCAUAUUUAAACCUCCAUUCAUGGCAACUAUUUUCCUCCUCCUUGUCCCACUUAUGUCCAAUUUUUGACAGUAGCAAUCUUUUGAUUUUUUUUUUUCCUUGUCCCAGACAGGCACUUUGCCAGGAGAAAAUGUCUUGUUUACUUUGAUGGAUAAGUCAUUAAAAUGAUUUCUGCUUUUCUAA